AUGGCUAAGAUUGUUGAAUCUCACGUUGACGUUUUACAUGAUAGCAUUGGGACCCUUGACGUUGAUCUUUCUCACGCUGAUAAGGACUUCAAGCUAGAAUGGGAUGCUACCUCAACGUAUCAGGUAAAGAAUCUUGUUAAUUUCUCCUAUGUUGAAAAUAUAAAAAAGAAUGAUACAAUCGAUCACCUACGUUUUGAUUUAUUGGUCUCAAAUAAAGAAAAAUCUGCACUCAUUCAUGAGUUAAAGAAACUCAAAGAAAAACUCUUUUUUCUGGAAAAAUCUCCUUCUGUGUUAAAAAUGAAAAACACAUUUAGCAAUUCUAAACCUGAAGAUCAAUCAAAGACUUCUACCUCAGAUGACUCUUCAAUGCAUCAUGAGACUCAUGACAAGUUGAAAAGAAAUCAAAAUCUAAUACUAAAGGAAAGAAUUCAGGAAUCAAAAUUUGUUAUCAAUGUAGUGAUGCUUCUCACAAAGUCAGGUAAAGAGCAUAUUUGGUAUUUAGACAACGGAUGCUCAAGACAUAUGAGCGGAUUCAAGUCACUUCUUGAAGACUUCAUAGAGAAGGAUGGUUCGAAUGUUACGUACAAAGAUAAUGGUAAUUAUGUUGUUUUUAAGAGUGUAUGUUAUGUGAAAGGUCUUCAGCAUAAUCUCAUUUCAAUCAGCCAACUAUGUGACGCUGGCUAUGAAGUUCUCUUUAAUAAGAGAAAAGGAAAGGUUCUUGAUCAAAGGAGUGUAAUUGUUCUUUCUGGAAAUCAACAUAAUGAAAUCUAUGUUCUGGAUAUGUUUUCUGCUGACAACUCUCUUUGUCUCUACUUCUUCUCUUUUGCUCAAUAUCAUCUAAAUUGGAUGUCGCACAAGAGAUUAUCACAUUUGUAUUUCAAGAACAUAUCAAAGAUCUCGGGGAAUCAGCUUGUAAGAGGAAUUCCCAGGAUGCAAAAGAAGAGCCAUGCCGCUGAUGAAAUCAUUGUUCUCAUCAAGCUAUGGGAAGUUCUCUAUGAUCACAAAGUAAGGAAAUUACAUAAUGAUCAUGGGACUGAAUUCAGAAACUGCUCUUUGGAAGACUUUUGCUCAAACUCAGGAAUUUAUCAAAAUUUCUCUAUUGUUAGAACUCCCCAACAAAAUGGUAUUUCAGAGAGAAGAAACAAAACUCUUAUUGAAUCUGUAAGAACUAUGGUCGUUGAAACUGGCCUUCCUUUGUUUUUUUGUGUCGAAGCUGUCAAUACAGCGUGUUAUACCCAAAACCAAUCCAUCAUUGUUAAACAUCAUGGGAAAAAUGCUUAUGAGUCACUGAAAGGAAGGAAACCAAACAUCUCCUAUUUUCAUGUGUUUGGAUAUGUUUGUUGCAUCUUGAAUAAAAGAGAUCAAUAUUCGAAGUUUGAAGCUAAAGAUGAUGAAGGAAUAUUUCUUGGUUACUCCAGCCUAUCCAAGGCCUUCAAGGUUGCCAGCCCUGAAGAAGCUAAACCAUCAAAUAAGGAAGACUUUGCUCAAAGUAAUAUAAAUGAAAAUUCUAAUCCAAGAAAUCUUCGAGAUCAUCCUGAAUCUUUAAUCAUUGUAGAUAUAAAUUCUAGGAUUCUCACCCGUAGCAGAGUCAACAUCAACUUUUGCAUGUUUGUUAACUUCAUCUCAAUGAUUGAACCAAAGAAUGUCGUCGAUGCAUUAAAAGAAGUUGACUGGAUCAAGGCUAUGCAGAAUGAGAUGAAUGAAUUUGAACGUCAUCGUGUGUGGACUCUUGUUCCAAAACCUCAAGGAAAGACUAUCUUUGGCACUCAAUGGGUUUUCAGGUAA